GAGGACGACGAAGACGGUUACGAUGUACACACCGACCAUCAGGACUAUUGUGAAGUGUGCCAACAGGGAGGCGAGAUAAUCCUGUGCGACACGUGUCCGCGGGCUUACCACCUGGUGUGUCUUGAUCCGGACUUGGAACAACCGCCGGAGGGCAAAUGGUCGUGCCCCAGAUGUGACGAGGACAGUAAAGACCGCAACACGGAGCAGCCUGCAGUCAAAUCUGGAAACAUGGAGUUUUGUCGUCUGUGUCACGACGGCGGCGAACUGCUCUGCUGCGACAGCUGUCCUUCCAGCUAUCACACAUAUUGUCUGAUUCCACCGCUGAAGGACGUACCUGAAGGCGACUGGCACUGUCCCCGCUGUUCAUGCAAGCAGCCUGACCAUAGGCCAGAGAAGAUACUCAGUUGGCCUAAGCCCGUCACCGGCUAUCCUUCCAGGCCGCUGAUCAGUACUGAAGAAGGCGCCCCUUCGGCACAGCCGUCCGUCAUGGAACCGGAACCGAUGCGUAAGAACCCGAACCGUCGCAUACGAGAGUUUUACAUCAAAUGGAAGUGGCUGUCAUAUUGGCACUGUAGCUGGGUAUUGGAAACGGUUCUCGACGUGUAUUUUCCGCAGGUUCUGCGCAUGUACUUCCGCAAGAUGGAUCCGGAGGUUCCACCAGAAGGUAAAGAGAGGGAAGAAGAUUUGAAUAAUUUAGAAGAGCGCUACUAUCGAUACGGUAUAAAGCCGGAGUGGCUUCAGAUUCAGCGAAUUAUCAACCACAAACUCCACAAACAUGGCGGAGUCGAUUAUUUGGUGAAGUGGCGCGACUUGGCUUACGACCAGUCGACCUGGGAAUCGGACGAGUUUGAAAUCUCUGGCUUCGUAGAAAGUAUUCAAUUCUACUGGGAUCAUCGGGAGCAGAUGAUCGGCGAACCGCCGCCAAAACAGGUUAUCAAACGACUGAAAACGAUGCCGCUACCAGGGAAACGGAAGAGCACGUUAAAGUUCCCGUCGACGCCCACCGUCGACCUGAAGAAGAAACUGGAAACGCAGCCGGAGUACAUUGUGGAGUCAGGCGGUAAUCUGCAUGACUACCAACUAGCAGGAUUGAACUUUUUGCACGAAAUGGGUCUCGGCAAAACAAUUCAGACCAUCGCUUUUCUGUACUCACUCUAUAAAGAGGUACGGCCGUUCCUGAUCAGCGCUCCAUUGUCUACUAUCAUUAAUUGGGAACGAGAGUUUGAAUUUUGGGCUCCUGAUUUCUACGUGGUCACGUACAUAGGCGACAAGGACAGCCGGUCAGUGAUUAGAGAGCACGAGUUUUCGUUCAUCGAGGGUGCGUUGAAAGCGGGACCAAAAGCGUACAAAAUGCGAACAGACGAAGGCAUCAAAUUUCACAUUUUGCUCACCUCGUACGAGCUGGUGAGCAUCGAUCAGGCGACACUGGGCAGCAUUGAGUGGGCAGUUCUGGUCGUAGAUGAGGCACAUCGACUGAAGAACAACCAGUCGAAGUUUUUCCGCACACUAAGGGAUUUCAGAAUCAAUUACAAGGUGCUUCUGACCGGCACGCCUUUAUAUUUUGACUCUUGUUUGGUUUUACUGUUAUUUAAAGCGCUACGUCUGAAUUUUGCUUUCAGCGAUAUGGAAUUGUUCACCCAAGAGUUCACUGAUAUUUCGAAGGAAGAGCAAAUUGCAAAACUUCACUCAAUGCUUGGCCCUCAUAUGUUGCGAAGGCUGAAAUCAGACGUGUUGAAGAACAUUCCCGCGAAAAGCGAGUUGAUCGUGCGUGUGGAACUGAGUCACAUGCAAAAGAAGUACUACAAGUUCGUGCUGACAAAAAACUUUGAGGCGUUGAAUACGAAAAGCGGAGGCUCCCAGGUCUCGCUGCUGAACAUAAUGAUGGAUCUUAAGAAAUGCUGCAAUCAUCCGUACUUGUUUCCAAUUGCGGCCCAAGAGGCACCGAAGCUGAUGAAUGGUGCCUUUGAAGGCUCUGGUUUGGUGAAGUCGUGCGGCAAACUGACGUUGCUACAGAAGAUGCUACGCAAUCUGUUCAACACCGGCCAUCGUGUGCUCAUCUUCUCGCAAAUGACCAGAAUGCUCGACCUGCUCGAAGACUUUCUGGACUACGAGGGCUUCAAAUAUGAGCGCAUCGACGGUUCAGUGACCGGCGCCAUGCGACAGGACGCUAUCGACAGAUUUAACGCUGCGAACGCCCAGCAGUUCGUAUUCUUGCUCUCGACGCGUGCUGGCGGCCUCGGCAUCAACUUGGCCAGCGCCGACACGGUGAUCAUCUACGAUUCGGACUGGAACCCUCACAACGAUAUUCAGGCGUUCAGCCGGGCGCAUCGAAUUGGUCAGAACAAAAAAGUCAUGAUCUAUCGAUUCGUGACGAGGAAUUCGGUCGAAGAGAGAAUCACGACGGUCGCCAAAAAGAAGAUGAUGCUCACUCAUCUAGUGGUUCGUGCUGGCAUUGGAAACCGAGGCCCGUCGAUGUCCAAACAAGAACUUGACGAAGUGCUGCGUUGGGGCACCGAAGAGUUGUUCAAAGAAGACGAGGAUGAGGACAGCAACGACAACCAGAUCAUCUGGAACGACAAGGCGGUAGAAGCGUUGCUCGAUCGAUCGCAGGUGGGCAUCGAAGAGAAAGAGAACUGGGCGAACGAGUAUCUGAGCAGUUUCAAAGUCGCUCAGUACGUUGUCAAGCAAAACGACGAUGAGGACGAGGAAGACGAAAACACCGAAGUACUCAAGGCCGAGGUGCAGGAGGCGGAUCCAGAUUACUGGGAGAAACUUUUG